AUGAAUCAACCGGGCUCGUCCAAGAACGCUAGAGACAGGGAAGCGGAAACGGAUGAGUCUCGUUUUACACUGAUAGCAGCGCUCGCAGACCUACCUUCUUUUGAGGAAGAUAUGAAUUUUGAAGAGUGGCUCUUAACUGCCAAAUUCAACCAUCCUCUCUAUCCCCGUUGUCAAAGAAUACCUCUUAUCCUUCGCGCCCUACCGCAUGAUUUAUUCGUGGCCGCAGUCGGAGCCGGCAUCACCCACGACACAGACGUUGACCAAUGCUGUGAUACACUGGCUCAACUUGCCAUCGAUUUUGAGGAGCAAACCCUGGCUAGGGACUUCUUUCAGCGUUUUCAAAAAGCUUAUGAGGCCGAAGAAGAGUACGCCAGGAACCUCCAACUCCUGGCGGAACGUGCGUUCCGCGGUUGCCCCCCAAACAAGAUCGCCAAUUGGGUUACAGUUCAGUUUAAACACGGAAUCCGACCCUCCAUCUUGGCUGAGAAGCUCUGCGAAGCAAAGACUAAUCCGCUCGACCAAUUAGUCAAGCUCGCAACCAAGAAGCGGCAGGAACUCCUGGGGCCCCUGAUUUUCCGAAAACCACAAAACUGGUCAAAUGCAGCAUCCUCGUAUCGUGGCUCCCCGCGCCAUACCCCUAGACCAGGUGAGCCCUCCUUUUCCUUUUCCUGUCUACUCCCAAAUGGCUCCUAUUCCUAUAUGAGGGUUCCUGGUAAACUGGAAGGACGCUCCUGUAGUUUUCUUCUCGACUCUGGCGCAGCUAAGUCAAUUGUGAACCUCCAAGCCUUCCCUACCCUUUGUAACAGGGUUAAGAUCCUCCCCCCUUCUGCAAAAUUGCGUUCAGCAGAGAGACGGGAGAUGCUAGUCGAAGGAGAGACAUCAUUAAAAGUCUGCAUAGGGAAGGAAACCUGGACAGUAAAAUUCGUCGUGUGUCCAGAACUGGCCUGGAACGUGGUACUUGGUGCCGAUUUCCUUCGCUACACCAAAGCCGUCCUAAGUUUUUCGGAAGGAACCUUUCCCACUCACGAAACCACCGGGGUCAACACAGAUACCUCUCCACCGAAAGACGACGCAGAUGACAUCUGCAACGUCCUUUUUAAAGCUGCAGCCAUUUCCAUUAACAAUCUAGAUGACCUUUGUACGCAGCUGACUCACAUUUCCAACUACGAGAGAAAAGAACUCCGUCAGCUCCUACUUAAGUACGCGAACAUCUCUUCGCAAGGUGCAAGAUUAGGACGAACAAAUAUCGUCAAGCAUAAGAUUGAUACUAAUGAAGCUAGGCUAAUUUGGCAACCACCCAGACGUAUUCCACCUCCUUUGCUGGAAGAAGUAAACCGUUUGGUUGAAGAGAUGCUCCGAGAUGAGGUCAUAAAGCCAUCCAAGUCACCAUGGGCCUCUCCUAUAGCGCUGGUAAAGAAGAAUGAUGGCAGCCUGCGGUUGUGCAUCGACUACAGGAAGUUUAAUGCUGUAACCAAGAAGGAUGCCUUCCCCCUUACCCACAUAAAUGACUCACUUAACUCACUACAUGGAUCUCAGUGA